UGCAGUCAGCUUUCCCCCCGCCCCCUCUCCCAUUUUGCCAUGAUGUGUGCCCCUCUUUGGAAUGAGAUGCAGACCUGAAACGUCAGACGGCUUCUCCAGGGUCCAGACAUUUAAGUGGGAACACAAUGGAAAAACGGCUGCGCUUAGAAAAGCAGGUGCUAACUGCGUGCUUUGUGCGGCGAAGAGCGCUGGCUUCGUGCGGAGGUAACUGUUAAGUAAGAGGGAGGCAGAAGGACAUCCCGCCAUGGGCUACAAUGCAAGCUGGGCUUCAGCCAACGCGAGCGAGCGCGGUCCCUUUCAGGCUGUCAAAAGCUCCCUGAACGCAUCCAGUGCUCAGAUCGUGGGAAUCAACCGAAGCGCCCACGCGGUCGGGACGUCAGAAUACGAGGCAUAUAGGGAAGAACAAACCUAUCGACAUUUUACUACCGUUAUGCAGGUUGUUAUCUUAAUAGGUUCUCUGCUAGGAAACGUUGUGGUCUUGUGGUCGACAUGCAGGACAUCAGUUUUUAAAUCAGUAACAAACCGAUUUAUUAAGAACUUGGCUUGUUCUGGGAUCUGUGCCAGUCUUGUCUGUGUGCCUUUUGACAUUGUUCUCAGUACCAGUCCACAUUGCUGUGGGUGGGUCUAUACCAUGAUCUUCUGCAAAGUCAUCAAAUUCAUGCAUAAAGUCUUCUGCUCGGUGACCAUCCUUAGCUUUCCUGUCAUUGCUCUGGAUCGGUACUAUUCAGUCUUAUACCCAUUGCAAAGAAAGAUAUCAGAUGCCAAAUCACGAGAUGUUUUGAUCUAUAUUUGGGCUCAUGCAGUGGUGGCCAGCAUUCCAGUCUUUGCUGUGACUCAUGUGUCAGACAUAUAUGCUAUAUCCACUUGUACUGGGCCCUGGAGUUACUCUAUUGGCCAUUUAGCAUAUGUUAUCACUUACAACCUUACCACUGUGAUUUUACCAGUGACUGUGGUAUUUCUCUUUAUGAUCCUCAUCCGCAAGGCACUGAGCGCCAGCCAGAAGAAAAAAGUCAUCAUAGCUGCCUUAAGAACUCCUCAAAAUACAAUCUCUAUUCCUUAUGCCUCCCAGAGAGAAUCUGAACUUCACGCCAUGCUUCUGUCUAUGGUUAUGAUUUUCAUUUUCUGCAGUAUUCCCUAUAUGACUAUGGUGGUUUAUCACGCUGUCCAGGAUUCUUCUGAUACCUCUGUAUACUUGCUUCUCACUGCUAUCUGGUUGCCUAAAAUAUCACUGCUGGCCAACCCGCUUCUCUUCCUGACUGUUAACAAAUCUAUACGGAAAUGUUUGGUAGGGACGAUAUUGCAAUUACAUCGAAGGUAUAGUCGAAGGAACAUAGUCAGUUCUGGGAGUGCUGGAGAGGCCAAUCUGGAAUCUCACGUUCGUUCUGGCAGCCAACUCCUAGAAAUGUUUCACAUUGGGCAGCAGCAAAUUUUCAAGCCCACAGAGGACGAAAAUGAAGCUAAAUCUGUGGACCCCAGUGACUACCAACAGGAGGAGAUACCCACAACCAGCUUAGAUGUAGAACAAACCCAAAUUCAGAGGUCUGUUUGUCCCGCAGUUGCAGAUUCUGCUGCACAAAUAGCACCAGCUUUUUCUACAGAAGCCGAAUUGGCCAAAGAAAAGUAUUCUACGCAACUGGGCUUUGGACCUUUUGAGUUGCCCCCACAGUGGCUAUCAGAAAACCGGAAUAGUAAGAAACGACUUCUGCCUCCUUUAGGAAAUACACCAGAGGAGCUGAUCCAGACAAAGCAACCCAGAGGUAAAUCAGAACGAAAAAUGAGCAGGAACAAUAAAGUCAGCAUCUUCCCCAAAACGGAUUCCUAGUCAAAGAAGGAGUUCCAUAUGAUGAGAGAAGACUGCCUUUUUGCAUAUAUGUGAUCCUAUGGAUCUGUGCUAAAAUGAAAUUAAAGGCUUAUUUUUGUGCCAGUUAUUGUAAAAGCUAAAACUUAAGUGUUCCUUACACAUGGGUUUUGUUAUGAAACACAUCUUCCCUUAUUUCACAAUGCCCCUUUCCCCCAUUAUAUAAAAAACAAAUGGACUGUUUUUCAAAGAGGUAUGUUUGGUUUGUUCUUUCCCUACAGACUGCUCCUUCUACUGCGAUCUAUAAGACUAUAAAACAGCAAGUCUGUUUAAUUAGGUGUAAAAAAUCUGGACUGCAAAGUUUAGGAUGAACACAAAGCAGUCCAGAAAACGAAGUAGGCCCCAGCCAGGAAUCAGUUCCAUAAUGAGAGAUUUUGCCAUGGACCAGAGGGGGUGCGGUUUCACAUGCUGCCUGCAUCCUGCAGAUGGGGCUUAGCUUGUUUGCGCAGCCUGGUUUCUGGCAUGCUGCGGCCCAGUGCCAGUCUAUGUACUGGGGUUUGGGGACCACUGCACUAGAGGACAGCAAGGCAGCCCAGAAAAUCUAGUACCUUUGCUGACAUUUAAUGGUCAUUUGGAGUUUUGCUGUACUUCAUGCAUGCACCUUACAGAGAUGUGGCACUUCAGUUAUAGAAUCCAGGGAAAGGAAUUUAGUGAAUAUCUAGGAACUUCCAGUCCUUGGAAUUCUCACAUAAAAAAGCACCCAGAAUCUUUUUGGAGCAUUAUUUGACUUGGUGAUUUGGGAUGUCUUUUAACAAUUAAAAAGACCUUAAGCAUUCCAAUUACAUUUUAUAAUUUACUAAGCAUUUUGCCUGUUUAUUUUGGACUCUUAUUUUUAAGUAUGUUCUUGUGGUAAGCAUGUGUCAAAUUCAUGCAUAGGAUUUUAGAUUUCUUAAAGGACUGAUUUUUAAUAGUCUGAAUCCUGCAAGCUUUUGAUCAGCGAAGCUGCGGCAACCUGAUUGGGAUAUAACAGAUAUAUUUGAUGAUGCUACUGCAUAACAUGUUGAAUACAGAUAGUU